AUGUCUGUUAUAGGUCCAGAGUUUCUAAAUUUUAUUAAAAGGUUAGAAGAUAACGGCGAUAAAUUAGUUCCUGCCUCUCCGACGGAACAACCUUUGGAGUUUGAAUUUAAUAACUCCAGCUGUUAUGUAUGCAAUGGAUAUUAUGGGCCGAGUUUUGGAGAACCAGUAUGCAUAACUUGUCAUGCGUUUUUGUUUCCCGACUUCCCUUCACAUUUGCCAAGUUCAUACUUUUGUAGUGAAAAAACUGAUGAUGGAGACUCGGGGAAUGACGAGCCCUCAGAUUUGAACUAUAGCUCUGAACGGAGAGUGAACAAAGCUUGCCCUUUACCAGCAUGGUGGUAUUACAGAAACUCAUUAGACAGUGAAACGAGUCCAGAAGAUGAGAGUCGUGCCAGUAAUUCAGGGCCUGGAGCUAGUGGGGGCAGCGGCUCGGGCCCAUCAUCUGCUCAUCGAGAAGGUAUUGAGGACUUGGUUGGUCAUGGGCCUCCACCACAGCCGCCCAGCCUAGCACUGUCGUUGCAGGCACUUUCAACUCCUCGGCCACCAGAUAACUUAGCUCCUGGUUUGGUAGAGCAUCUACCAGCUGAAGUGUUGCUGUGCAUCUUCCGUUACCUGGACGACCUGUCGUUGUGUGCGUGCUCGUGUGUGUGUGUGAGGUGGCGCCGCCUGGUGGUGGCCCGGGUGCCGCCCCCUCGCUGGGCAGCCUUCGCAGCCACUCGGUGGCCUCUGUUCAGGCCACUGUUGGCCAAUAUUGAUUGGCACAAGAAGUACCAAUCGUUGGUGGAGUCCUGUUUCUGCCGUAAUUGUCUGGUCCAGAUGUUUGUUCAAGCUCAGCCCGCUGGAGAUGAGAGUGCUUGGAGGAGGAACAGACUUAAGAUUGAACUUAAGAUGCUCCGUAAUGAUCCUCCAGAGGGCAUCGCAGCUACUCCUCUAGAUCCCAAGUGUUGUCACUGGCAGGCUAGUGUGACUGGGCCUGUGGGCUCGCCAUACGAAGGAGGAGUCUUCUAUCUAUACAUACAAGUCCCUUACUCCUACCCCAUGGGUCCGCCUGUGGUCCGUUUCCUGACUCGCAUCCUCCACCCCAACGUGUCUCGUCACGGUGAUGUCGGUAUCGACUCGGUGCAUCACAACUGGUCGCUGGCACUCACUCUGUCUAAAGUCCUCAUCUCCAUACAGAGUUUAUUGACGGAUCCUUAUACUGCGGUUUGCAUGGAACCGGCAUUGGGUGACAUGUACGUUAGAGAACGAAGCCGCUUUGAAGCGCUCGCUCGCCGCUGGACGUGGCGAUACGCUAUGCACGACGUACUGCCGCAUCUAACGAGAUAUUAA